GGUCUUUCUCGUCCACGUCUCCCUCGCGAGAUGGCAGGAGGUGUGCGGAGAAAGAGUCCCGUUUCCCCAUCCCCUAUGUGGGGGAAAUUUCAGUCGCUCUGGCAGGACAAGCAUUUAGUGUUAUUCAAGACGGAGUACACGUUACUGGUUGUUUCAGUGCUGUGGUUCCUGGAGAUUGGAAUCAACCUAUGGGUCAUACAGAAAGUAGCGUACACUGAGAUUGACUGGAAAGCCUACAUGGAUGAGGUGGAGGGGGUCAUAAAUGGUACCUACGACUACACCCAGCUGAAAGGAGACACUGGCCCACUGGUGUAUCCUGCUGGGUUCGUCUACAUCUUCACAGCUCUGUACUAUCUUACCAACCGUGGGGUGAACAUCCACCUGGGCCAGUACAUUUUUGCAGGUUUCUAUCUCCUUACACUGCUGCUUGUCUUCAGAAUAUACAACCGCACAAAGAAGGUUCCGCCCUACGUGUUCUUCUUCGUGUGUUGUGCCUCAUAUCGGAUCCACUCCAUCUUUGUGCUUCGUCUCUUUAACGAUCCGGUGGCCAUGAUGCUUCUGUUUGCAGCCAUCAACCUCUUCAUGGAUGGAUACUGGACUCUGGGCUGUGGCCUUUAUAGUUUAGCAGUGUCUGUGAAAAUGAACGUGCUUCUUUUCGCCCCCGGAUUGCUUUUUCUUCUUGUGUGGGAGUUCGGUCUCAUCAGAACAAUCCCUAAACUUUUACUGUGUGCAGCGAUACAGGUUUUGCUAGGCCUCCCUUUCCUCUUGGAGAAUCCCGUUGGUUAUGUAAGCCGGGCUUUUGAUCUUGGCCGCCAGUUCCUGUUCAAGUGGACGGUGAACUGGCGCUUCCUGCCCGAGUGGCUCUUCUUGAAUCGUUACUUCCACCUGCUCCUGCUGGCAGCUCACCUGCUCACUCUGCUGCUUUUUGCUCUCCGCCGCUGGAAGAGACCAGGAGAAAGCAUCGUUGAACUCCUCAAGGAACCAAACAACAGGAAACUCUCUGCUCAGAGCAGCACUGUGGAUCAGAUAGUGCUCAUUCUGUUUACGUCUAACUUCAUAGGCAUGUGCUUCAGCCGCUCGUUGCACUACCAGUUCUACGUGUGGUACUUCCACACACUGCCUUACCUGCUCUGGAGUGGAGGCGUGAAGAAACUGGCUCACCUGCUCAGAGUCCUGAUCCUGGGACUGAUUGAGCUUUCAUGGAACACCUAUCCAUCAACUAACGGCAGCUCUGCAGCCCUCCAUGUGUGUCACCUCAUCAUGCUCCUCUGUCUGUGGCUCGCUCCACCUCUACACUCAGCCCAGGCAGAAAAGCAAGAACAUUCAGCCGUUAAGGACAAACGCCACUGAACCACAGCUUGAUCGGACUGAAGCCCAAUCAGCUGCUGAACAGCCUCCGCCCUGAGCCUCACAACAUCCAUACUAAGGGAGGUCUCUGUGGUCGACUGAGUGGAUGAAAAGCAGCCAUUUGAUGCUUCUCAUCUGUGAUCACUGAGUGACGACAGCUAAUCUGUAGGUGCAGACCUAUACCUGCAUCAUGUGAUUGCUUGUAGCUGAAACUUGCAGUUGAAGAGAUGAGAAAUGAUGGAUUCUCAGGUGGUUUAUUUAGGUACAAAACUGGAAUAAGCUGUUUAGAACCAAUUUAUUAUAUGGAUUACACAAACGUAUUUCCAUUUAAAACUUUACUUUAGUCAUAGUUUAUGGACACAGAUUAUUUUAUGUUUAUACGGAAAACACGUUGAAGUGGUUUGCCAAAGAAUUAAGAUUAGAUGCUGGAGUUUAGGUUGACUGCAUAUCCGCCAUAGUUUUAUAGAAUUUUGUAAAAGAUUUAUUUCCGAAUAGUUUUCUUUGCAUAUUUUUUACAAAAUACUGUACAUAAACAGUAAGCAGUCGUAGUUGUUUGUCUGUUGGGAGUUGUAAUUGAGCUU